GAAAAACACCCAGAAAAUAAAAAUAAAAAACCCAUUGUCACCCUCUUCUUCUUCUUCUCCAUCCUCCCUAACCAUGAAGAUUAUGAAAAUAAUCUUCAUGAUAGCCAUAACCAUGGCCGUGGUCAUCUCUCUCAGCAUGACAAACAUCUCAGAAAAAGAAAAAGACUCCCCUCCACUCCACCGCACGGACGAUAGCGGUACUUCAUCGAGAGUCCUAGAAAUGCCCUCCAAGCGGGCGAGUCGCUUCCUGGCGGAGCAGGCGAACCCUAGAGCAGCCGACCAGUGCAAGAAAGACAAUGAAGUUUGCGACACUAGCCAUGGCACAAACUCCACAUGUUGCAGCAACAAAUGCGUCUAUUUGCAGACGGAUAAGAAAUACUGCGGGACAUGCAAGAACAAGUGCAAGUAUACCCAGUCAUGUUGCAGAGGACAGUGCGUGUAUCUAUUCAUGGACAAGAGGCAUUGUGGGAAAUGCAACAAUCGAUGCAAGAAAGGAGGCGACUGUAUAUUUGGAAUGUGCAACUAUGGCUCCUAAGGCUCAUGUCCACUGCUUGAGUUGAUAUCGAGGUUCAUCAUUUAUUCUUAAUACAAUAAAGCCACCUUUUAGUGGUUCUCAUCAAUAUUACAGCUGAUAUAUAUACAUUUAUAAAUAUAUCAUCCUCAAGGGUUUGAUAUUUGAAUGUACCGCCAAUAUCAUGAACUUCAAGUGAUAUGAGUAUGAAUGCUUUGUUAUGAUUAGCUUGCAUUUGUUAGGGUUACAAAGAUUUGUACUUGAUAAUCAAUAUAAGAUACGUCACUAC